GAUUGGAGAGGGUGCAGGCUGGGCUGAGGGGACCCUCCCCUCCCCCGCCCCCGUGCACUAAUUUUGUGCAUCGGGCCUCUAGUCAAUUAUAAAAUCUUGUGUUUCAGAGGCCCCUUAGUCUAGUCCCCACCUCUGUGCUUGGAGCGCCCACACACCGGUGGGACAGAAUUGUUUGAUUUUCUUCUACAACUUCAUCACUCCCUGUGGCAGCUCCUUGGACUUCUGGGCUUCUCUGUUUGGUUUAUCUGACGUUGAACCUAAUGAUGUAUUUUCUCUGUGUGGUCUGAGAGUGCUGCCCUUGGGGGUCAUAGGACAGAAUAGUCUGCCCCAGGCUAAUCAGGCCAGCUCCCAACCCUGACAUGUGCUGAGCCUGCUGUCAGGCCCUCUCCUUUGUUCCUGGGCAUUUGUCCACAUCCUUCAGAAAAUGCAGCCCAGCCUGUGUGGCUCAGUGGUUGAGUUUCGACCUAUGAACCAGGAAGUCACAGUUCAAUUCCUGGUCUGGGAACAGUUACUGCAUGUACCUGUUUGCAGGGUUGAUCCCCGGAGUGGGGCAUGCAAGGGGCAGCUGAUCAGUGAUUCUCAUCAUUGAUGUUUCUAUCUCUCUCUCCAUCUCCCUUCCUCUCUGAAAUCAAUAAAAAUAUAUUUUUAAAAAAGAAAAGGAAAUGCAGAGCCCAGUGGCCAGGCAUGAUGUAGCCUGUCCUUAUAGCUCUGCUUGUCCCCCCCACCCCCCCCGGCAGACCUCUGCCUGUGGCAGCUUCUUUGGCAGUGCCCUUCAGACUGGUCCUGUGAAGUGGCCAGGCAGGAUCUCCCUCGUCACCCCAGGGUCUUGGGCAGUUUGCAGUAACUCUAACCAUUGCCACUGUUACAGAAACCCCUCCCCCUAUUGAAGGCACUGCUAGUCCCAGGUCCCUUCCCUGGUUCUGUUUGUAAAACAUGGGGCCUCCUUUGCUUCCCUGCUGCAGUUGCCUUUUGGAGUUACCCCAAUUUCAUAUCCUUGACAUGCCUCCCUGUACCAUAUGCUCCAGUUUGCCUGAGACAGUUGUGCUUAUACCCAUUGCCCUGGCAUAACUAUUAGUAGUAUCCACUUUCACUUUCAAAAGAUUCAUGAUUUGGAUGAUUGAACUUGUCUCUGUCUGUAAGUUGGAUGCAUCUGUCUUUGAAACCAGUGCCCCACCUCUCAGCCUAAUCCGAGAAGAGUAGUUGGAAGUACUGAUGGGCUGCCCUUAAUACUUUGGCCUGGCUAGCUGGCCCUGUGUGGACUAGAGGUCUCUGACUGGGGUGUGUGGGAAGGUGUCUAAGGGUACCUCCAGCCUCACUUUGGUCAUACUGCCACAUCAGUUGGAUUCCCUGGAGUUGGGUGCCAUGUCAAGGGGGUGGCACACAGCAGCCCUUAUAGGAUGCACCCAGAGCUCAGAGGUAUUGUAUCCACAAUCUAGAAAACCAGAGUUCCUCCCGGCCAAUGCUAGCUAGUACCCUUUCUUCUAGAUGGGAAGCUUUAGGUGGCUUUGCCCCUGAGGGCAGGGGUUCCCCUCUGGCCCUGGCACCUGGGAAUCAAAUUGAUGUGGGAGUAUGACCAAAAUGAGGCCUGAGGUGCUUUUGGACACCCACCCACCCGUCCAAGACCUCUGAGUUCACCCCGGAGUGGUUGGCCGUGGCCGGAGUAUUAAGGGCAGCCUGACAGCACUUCCAACUGCUCUUCUCGGAUUAGGCUGAGAGGUGGGGCACUGGUUUCAACGAGGGCGACCAGCUGUCCUCGUUUGCCUGGUACUGAGGGGUUACCUGGGAUGUAGGACUUUCAGUUUUAAAAUCAGGAAAGUCCCAGGAAGACUGAGGUGAGUUAGUCACCCUACUCUUAACUCUGGCUGCAUUCGAGCCUCACACAAGGAGCCUCUCAUUUGAAGAUUCUAGUUGAAUUAAUCCAGGUAGGGCCUCACGUAGACGUAUAUUUUUUGACUCCCAAGUUGAUUCUAACAAACUACCAGAGUUGAGAACCACUAGGUUAUAGGCAACAUGACUAAAUGACCAUUGAAUGUGGUUAUUUUUGAGCAGAAGUGGGCACAAACAUCUCUCGAAAGGGUGGUGACCAAGUGUGGCGGUCCUCUCCUAUCAAAAGGGAUGUCAAAUGGCAGUCACUCUUAAUGCUAUUAUCUUUCCCCACCCAUGGCCUUCUUCCUCACCAGUGAGGACCACACUGUCUUUCCCAUUAUGCUCUGGUACCCCCUUAGUAAGUCAUGGAAUUGCCUCAUUUUGAUGGGAGGGUUCAUGAUUUGCUUAGUCUCAGAUGAAGCUGGCAUGAGCCGUGGGCCAGGGCUCCAGUAUUCUGGCCUGGAACACUUACCCCUAUGAGUAGUGAUCCGGGAGCUAGCUGAAGGGACAGUGUCCACUUUAGCUUUGCCCAUCCUUCUUCCUCCCUCCCUUCCUUGAUCAGUCAUCUUUUGAGGUUGGUAAUAUGAUUUGGCUUAGCUCUGGGCAGGUUCUUGGCUACAGUCUCAUAAACUGUUGGAGGUGACAGAUGCAUAAGGCAACAUUCACAGUCAGGCUAGGAAGUGCAGGUUUGAAAUCAUACCCCCAAGAGCACCGCCUCCAUGCAGUUCAGCCUGCCAGUGCCAUGCGGCCAUGUGUAUGUGCAUCACAGCUCAGGCAUGCUGGGAACGAGACCGGUGCUUCUGGACUAUCCCCUCUGCAGGCCUCCAGGGUCAUGUGGUACGUCAGCACCAGGGGGAUGGCCCCCCGCGUCGACUUUGAGGGUGCCCUCUUCUCUGGCUAUGCGCCCGAUGGGGGCCUCUUCAUGCCUGAGAAGCUCCCACAGCUGAACAGGGAGACCCUACGUCAGUGGAGUGCGCUCUCCUACCCAAGCCUGGUCGUGGAGCUGUGUGCCCUUUUCAUUGGCCCAGAGCUCAUCCCAAGAGAUGACUUAAAUGAUCUGAUCCACCGGGCCUUCCGCAGGUUCCGCCACAGAGAAGUGGUCCGUCUUUCCAGGCUGCGGGACGGGCUGAAUGUGCUGGAGCUGUGGCACGGAGCCACAUAUGCGUUUAAGGACCUGUCCCUGAGCUGCACGGCCCAGUUCCUGCAGUACUUCCUGCAGAAGAGGGGGAAGCACGUCACUGUGGUUGUAGGAACCUCUGGAGACACAGGGAGUGCUGCCAUUGAGAGUGUUCGAGGGGCAAAGAACGUGAGCAUUAUUGUUCUCCUGCCCCAGGGUCACUGCACGAAGAUCCAGGAGUUGCAGAUGACCACGGUGCUGGCAGAGAACGUCCGUGUGUUUGGAGUGGAGGGAAACAGCGAUGAGCUUGAUGAACCCAUCAAGGCCGUGUUUGCUGAUGUGGCUUUUGUCAAGAAGCACAAUCUGAUGAGUCUGAAUUCAAUCAACUGGUCCCGGGUCCUCGUGCAAAUGGCUCACCACUUCUUUGCCUACUUCCAGUGUAUGCCAUCCUUAGAUUUGCACCCGCUCCCUGCUGUGGAAGUGGUUGUGCCAACAGGGGCUGCUGGUAACCUUGCAGCUGGGUGCAUUGCUCAGAAGAUGGGCCUGCCCAUCCACCUGGUCGCAGCGGUGAACUGCAAUGAUAUCAUCCAUAGGACUGUCCAGCGAGGAGACUUCUCUCUGUCUGAGACUGUCAAGCCAACCUUAGCAUCAGCUAUGGACAUCCAGGUGCCCUACAACAUGGAGAGGAUUUUCUGGCUGCUAUCUGGCUCUGACAGCCAGAUGACAAGAGGCCUCAUGGAGCAGUUUGAAAGGACCCAAAGUGUGAGUCUGCCUGAGGAACUGCAAAGCAAGCUUUCAGCGGCAGUGACAUCUGAGUCAGUGUCAGAUGAGGCCAUCAUGCAGACCAUGGCCCGCUGCUGGCAAGAGAACCAGUCCUUGCUGUGCCCUCACACGGCUGUGGCCGUGAGCUACCAUUACCAGCAGAUGCUCAGGCAGACCCCCAGCCCUCCCCGGUGUUGUCUGGCCCCUGCCUCUGCAGCCAAGUUUCCAGAAGCUGUCGUGGCUGCUGGAUUGAGUCCAGAAACUCCCAUGGAGAUCCUAGCCCUGGAGGGAAAGGAGACGCGUUGCACCCCAAUGCGGAAGAGUGACGACUGGACAGUGAUGCUCCGGGACACAAUUGAGAACAUGGGCCGGCAGUGGAGGGCCACGUCCUGAGUGCUCCCAAAUAUCCCAGCUGCAGCUGGCUUCCUUUAAGCUUCAGACCCCAGGGUGGGGGGCGGGGUGCCCUCGGAGCUACCUUGAGCACCUUCUCUCUGUUAAGAGUUGUUGUGGGAGGUUCUCAGGAGGCUGCUCAGUGGGGUCUGGAGCCAGCUGGCUUUGCUCAUUCCCACAGCUGCUCUGUGCUCUCGCCAUGGUGGUGUGGUCUCAUGCCCACAGGACCAGGGUGCACCAACCACACAACACUGGGAGUGUUGGCCACCAACCACACCACAUUAUAGGGAGCUGGCCACCUUCUGCUGCGGUCUGCACUCGGCAUCCUUCCCCAGGCCAUGGCCCUUUCUGUGGGUGGACCUGGGAGCCUGGCAGUGCUUCUCCGGGAGCCCCACCCGGAGGCUGCUGCAGCUCUGCCUUCCUGGGCUCCUGGAGGUGCACCCCCACCGCUGGACAGUGCAGGGCCUGCAAAUGAAGAUCCUGGGCACAGAGCUGACCUUGGCCCCAGGGUCUGGGACCUUAGACCCUAAGUCUGUGCAGGCAGGGCUGCACACUCCAGAAGCACAGGCCUGGGGCUCCGCUGUCUGCACCUGUUUAUCCAGAGGCAUCGGCUGGCCUUCCCACCCUGCUGAAGUGUCAGAAUCCUGAGAAUACAAGCGCAUGCCCAGUGUGAUGGUCACUGUGCUGGCCUGCGGCCGAGGACAGUGGCUGCCAGGGGUGGUAGUGAUGCGUGGUAUGUGCUACAUCCUUCAGCUGCUUUCCAUUGGCCAGCAUGAAGGGGCAGCAGAGCAGUUAGUGGGCAGGUGGCACAGGCGGGGAGCAAGGUUGAGAUGUGGGAUCACCAGGUGGAAGCCGUGUGGGAAAUGCUCCUCACGGUGCAGACUGGGAACCGGUACAAGUACUGGUUCACCUGCUUUAUUAACCCAGGGCAGGUGUCAGAGCAGCAAGAAGCAGGGAUCCCUCACUGAGCACUAAGUGGAGUCCAGACGCCUGCAUUUCCAUGGUGCCAUGGGCACAGCGCCAGAGAAGUCAGAUCCUCCUCUAAGCACAUGACUGCUCUCCCCUCUGCAUGCCUCUGACGCUGCACUGGCCUCCGGCAGCCCAUCCUUGGAUGAGGCCACAGACCCUCCUCAGGCUGCUGGAGGCUGCGUCCUGUGUCCUGUCCAUCUGUCAGCCCAGCUGGAAAUGACUCCUGUACCUGAAAGUGAGGACUUUGCUGACAAAUAGUGUUCUUCCACGUGCAGAGUGCUCCCUCUCACAAAGGCGUGCUUGAUUCCUCUGCUGUUUUACAAUCUAGCCUGCGUUGUCCAGUUCAGUAACCACUAGCCACAUGUGGCUGUUGAGUACUUGAAAUGGGAAUAAGUAUAACUAAGGAAUUGAAUUUUAAAUUUUAUUUAAUGUUUGAUUAAUUUACAUUUAAAUUUCAAAACUAUUACUUGAAUUGGUUAUUGGAAAACUUUGCAGUGUGGUUGGGAAAUGCUGGUAUGUGAAUCUGCUUUUCAGCUGUAAAUUUUAUGAAGUACAAAAAGUACAGAUGAUAUUUCCAAUGAAAUUAGUUGGAACACUACAUUAGAACUGAGAUAUGCCACAUUAUCAAAUACAUAUGGAACUUCAAAGACUUUGAAUGAAAACUAUUGAAAAUUUUUCAUUAAUAAUUUUAUAUUGAUCACAUGUAGAGGAUAAUAUUUUGAUGUUUUGGAUUAAAUAAAACAUUAAGUCAA